AGCUUUGGCUUUUGUAGGCUUCUAGCUACCAUUCACUGUUAUCCUUGUGGUGACAAGAGAACAUUUGGAACUUGUGGUCCUCACACAUAAAUCUCUUUCUUUUCCAAAACCCUUUCCUAUAUCAAUGUUUUAGUCUUAGUCUUCUUCUUCUUUGACUCUUCCAUCUCUCUUUCUCUCUCAUUAUUUCUUGCCUUCUCUCCUAAUUUUCUCCAAAAUGGAAUCAAACAGAGCUCAUGGGAAGAGGAGCUUGAACUACAAGAUGGAGGAAGAGGAGGAGGAGGAGGAGGAUGAAGAAGAAGAGCAGGAGGAAGAGGAGGAUGAUGAAGAUACUAACAGAUCAUCACUAGUGUACGGUGAGGAUGACAGGAGGAAAAGAGUGUUGACGGUGAAUAGUGCAACUUCAACUCCUAACAAGAGAGGAUCUGGUGCAGGAGGGUCUAUGGCAAGGCCAUCUUGUCAAGCAGAUGAUUGCAAUGCUGACUUGAGUGAUGCAAAGCAAUACUAUCGCCGCCAUAAGGUCUGCGGUGUUCAUGCCAAGGCUCCGGCGGUGCGUGUGGGUGGAGUUCAACAGCGCUUCUGCCAGCAAUGUAGCAGGUUCCAUAGCCUAUCAGAGUUUGAUGAUAAUAAAAGGAGUUGUCGGAGGCGUUUAGCUGGACACAAUGAGCGGCGUCGGAAAACCUCCUCUGAAUAUCAUGGAGAGUGAACAAAACCCCAGAGCAAAUAAGAUUAUUAAACUGCAGGCAUGGUUAUUAAAAAGCGAGGAUUGCUAUAUAUCUUUCUCAUAUAAAAUGCCUCUUUUCUACGUACCUCUAGCCUAGCGUGCUCUCUCUCUUCUGUCAAUCCUCAACCUUGAUUAUCCACCAUUGAAUUCUCUUUCUUAAUUUUAUGUACUUCAAAAUUUGCAUCUGAAAUCCAACAAUUAUGCAUAUAUAGCUAAGCUAGCUAGUACAACUUCCAUCCUCUUGUGUUUCAUAUGUGUGGGUAUGGCUGUGAUUCUUGUUCAUGCAUUAGUUUACUUUUCA